UUUUUGUUCGGUGGCAAUGCAAGUGGUCAGUUUUUUGUCUGCUCCGUCGUCUUUUUGUUAUUUCAUCGUUUAAUCUUUUUUUAUUACCAUUAUUUAAUUAAUAAUAAUAAAUCCAAUUAAAUAAAAAAAUUUAAAAGUUUACAUGUAAAACUACAUCUCAUCAAGAAAACUUUGUUUUUCAAAUCCAACUUCAACUCGGAGUCGUCUUCAGUUUUCCUCCAUUUAUGCACUUUUAGUUUCGUUUCAUUCGAAUACAACGAGACGACACGGUUUUUUUCUUAAAAGUUAUGAGUGCGAAUGAGAUAGCCGAUUGAAAUUUUCAUUUGUCAAUUGUGAACAAAAAAAGAAAGAUACAUACAUUUUAGUUCAUUUUUUUUGUGGUGUGGAAGAGAAGUAAAAGAAAAGAAAAGCGGUCAGUCGACUCGACGACGUGUGUGACUGAACGACUGCUAAAAACGUCCCACUCGUCUACGUCCGUCUCGUCGUUCGUUGUCUCUCUUUUAUUUGCCUUUAUAUUUUAUUUUAUAAAUGAAAAUCAAUUCAUCCACCAAAGUUCGACAAAAGUUCAUUUUGCAAUUCGCCGAAGGCAAUUUGUGUGGAACUUCUUCUUGCCUUGCUAAGGAACGAAAAAAGAAAACUCAAUUGAAUUGAAUAGAGCUGAAGAAGUUUCUACUUCUACUUUUUUCAUUAUUUGUCUAGUUUCAAUUUUUAAGAUAAUCGUAGCUGAGUGGGUUUUAUUUUUUCAUUUUGCUGGGUUUUUUAAUUUGAAAGAAAAAUUUUCGGUUUUGCCAACAACUGCGGCGGAGCGUCUUGGAAGACGUCAACGACGGCGACGACAAGGUGUAACGAGAAAAUGACCGAAGCAUACGAUGGCAAUGGCGACUAUUCCUCUUACAACGACGACGAAAGUGAUUACAAGAGAAAAGGUGGCGGCGGUAACGCUGGUGGCGGAGGACCUCAUCCGUCACACAAUGGGGACAAUUCGAAUCAUGACCAUCAUCCGGGCGAUGGGCCUCAGCUGAAUGACAAAGCCAAUGAAUAUAUUCGUGAUUGCCUGACUGAAAAGAAUCGCAUGGACAAGAAGUACCCCAUCGCUGAGAAGUUACUUGAAAGCGAAAUAGAAAAAGUUCAAUCUACAGGACGUAUACCAUCGCGUGAUCAAAAAUAUGCCGAUAUCUAUCGUGAGAAACCAUUGCGGGUAUCACAAAAAGUACUUGUGCCUAUACGCGAGCAUCCAAAAUUCAACUUCGUGGGUAAACUUCUUGGACCAAAAGGUAAUUCUCUACGUCGUCUUCAAGAAGAAACACUUUGCAAAAUGACUGUCCUCGGUCGAAAUUCUAUGCGAGAUCGGGCCAAAGAAGAAGAGUUACGUGCCUCAAUGGAUCCAAAAUAUGCCCAUUUGAAUAGUGAUCUUCAUGUGGAAAUUUCUACAAUCGCACCACCAGCUGAAGCAUAUGCUCGAAUAGCAUACGCAAUGGCCGAACUGCGAAAGUAUCUGAUUCCGGAUAGUAAUGAUGUUAUACGACAAGAACAAUUGCGUGAACUAAUGGACAAUACAGGAAUUUCGGAUCAUGACCCGAAAUCAUACAACAAGAAAGCAUCGGCUGUGAGUGGCGGCGGUGGUGGCGGAAGUGGUGGAGGUAUUGGUGUCGGAGGUGGAGCUACAGGAAGCAGCAGCGGCGGUGGUGGUUCACACAUGACAUCCAAACCAAAUGUCUCGCAUCAUGGAUAUAGGUGGAGUGCACAACCGCAGAAUAAUCAUCUGCUCCCCAUGUAUGGGGCAGCGGCGGUGCCAGCAAACAAUUUCAAUUUCUCGUCUUCUCUUCCCGCUUCUUCCAGGCAACAACCUCCGCAGCAACAACAACAACAACAGCAGCAGCAACAGCCUCAACCGUCCUUUGCAAAGAACUCAAUACCCCCGAAGCAGAAAGUGAUGUCUAUAUUGGAAAAGGCUCGCAGUGCUAUGGAUGAGUCUUAUAGUCGCGGAUAUGAUGAACAAACUGCUUAUGAACCACAAACUUAUGACAGCUACAGCUACGGACAUGCACAAACGCAUGGACCGCCACAUGGACAAACAUCGCGAACACCAUACGAUACACAGGAAUAUGAACAGGAUUACAAUAGACGGGACUACUAUCAGCAUUCACCCAAUUAUGGAGGACCUGGUGCUACGUCUCAACACUCGGGCAACACAAAUCCAACGGGUGGUCUAAAUCCAAAUCACAAUCGCAGUCACGUUAACAGGUGAAACAUAUUCGCAGCUGGUCAUGUUAGUAAUACGGUAGGAGGAGUAGGAGGAGUGAAGGUAGCCACCGCUGGCGCUGGUUCAUCAGCUAUAACCGUAUCAUCAGCAGCGCCGAUGCUGUCUCAAACACAGCAACACCAACAACAGCCACAAUUACAACACCAACAACAACCCCCACCAUCUAACUUAAGUACGACAACAGUAACAACAACAAUAAACAACAGUAACAAUAAUGAAACGAUAACGGGCAAUUCAAAUUCAAAAAUUCAACAACAACAAAACAAUAACAGAAUUCAGGGUCCAGCUGCUGCAACAAAUUUACUAUUUGUAAGACCGGCAAAUGCUUCGCUUCACGUCGGUAAAUUACCAUUUCUGCCUGUGCAGUUUCUAUAAAAAAAUCUUGACAAAUUUUAUUAUUAUUAUUAUUGAAAAUGAGAUAAAAAUUUUAAACAUACAUAUAAAUAUAUGUAUUAUAUAUAUAUUAUUAUAUCAUUAUUAUUAUUUAUUUCUAAAUUUAAUUUAUGGAAAAAAUCACAUUUUACAUAAGAACAAACAAAAACAAAAAUAAGAAACGUUAAAAAAAAAAAACAAGUGAACAAAAAUAAAAAAACUGAAACAAAAUAAGGGAAAUUUAUAUUAAAAGAAAACAUAAAAUAGACUAAACAUUUAAAAAAGAAAUAAGAAGGGCACAUGCAAAAACAAAGAGAAACUCUUAAAAAAAAAUUAAAUAAUUAAAACAAAAUUUAAAAACAAAAAAACUUAUUUUUGCCAACAUAAAACACAAUGAAAAGAAAACAAACAUAAUUGAACAAACAAAAAAAAAAGAAAGAAAUAUAUAUAUAUAUACACAUAAAUAAUCUUAAACUAAAAAUAUUAGUAUAUUAACAAUAUUCUAUAUAUUCAAAUAAAAAACAAAAUAAAAAGAAUAAAGCAAAAUGAUUAUUAAAUAAAAAAAAAUACAAAAAAAAAUUAAAUUUUAAACAAAAAAAUAAAUAUAAUAUAAUCAACAAGUUAAUACAAAAAUAAAAAUUACUAUUAAAUACAUUAUAAUUAUAAAAUUAAAUAAAUAAAAAAAAAAAAAUACAACAAAAAAAUGAAAAAAUUGAUUUAUUAAUGAUACUAACCUUUAUUAUAAAAAAAUCUUAAAUACACACUAAUCUAUUGUUCUUAUAAAACAAAACGGUUAUGAUAUAAAAAUUAAACGAAAUUUUAAAUAAAUCUUCAAAUAAAUUUAAAUAAGGACACAAUUCUAACAAACGAAACAAAAAAGAAUAAAAUUAUAUUAAAAAUAUUGAAUAACAAAAAUAAACCACAAUGGAUGUUAAUAAUUGAUAUUUCUGUGCGAAAGAAGAAACUUCUCAAAACAAACCACAUAAUAUUUUUAAAAAUCUUCUUGUUUCCAACAUCCUAUCCCCCUUCGAAUGUUUAAAUUGAGUCUUUGUUUUUAACAUCAUUCAACAUAGGCGAAUAGAAUACAAAACUCAAGUGAGCAUCUGUAUCUAUUAAAAAAAUUUUAAAAGAUUUUUUUACUCCUUAUAAUUUUUUUUUUGUAAUUUUACCCACUAAUCCAUAAAUACUUUCUUUGUUACAUGAAAUUCCAUUUAAUUGCAUUCAUUGUGAUUAAAUCUUAAACCUACACAAUUAAUAAAAUAUAAAUAUUCAAAUUAUAUAAUUACAAAAUCUAUUAUUAUAAUAUUAUCUAACAAAAAAAAGAAAGAAAAUUAUAAAAGUAAUACAUGUUAUAUUAAACAAAAAGAAAAAACAAAUAAUAACCAACAAAAAUACCCGCCCUCACUCAAAAGAUAAAAGAAUAUAUAUAUCUUCAAGAUAAUUAAUAUAUAAAAAAAAAACAAAAA